AUGUCUGAAACAGAAAAAGAACUCACUGCCACUCCUUCUACUUCUUCAAAUAAAGGAGAAACCAAAGAAAUUAUUAAAGUGAAUAGGUGGAAUAUUGUAGAAUUGAAAUUUGCUAAUUUGAAAUAUAAACAAAACAAUAUCCAUACAGAUGUUAAACUUAUUUUAGGAUAUUUGGCAUGUCUCGUUGCUUGUUUUUGUGGCUAUUAUGGACAUGUAACACCUGACAUAAUAUUCAUUGGAGAUUCAACAAAUGGUGAUGAUCAACAGCAACAGCACACUUUGAUUAUUCAUACAAAUGCUAAAAGAUAUUCAAAUCUUUAUAGUAUUAUUUUUGAGUUAAAGAACAAAAAUGAAUCACUGUUAUCUUUAUCAUCUACAGAUAAAGGAUCAGAAUAUAAAAUUUCUAAAUCUUAUGGUAGUUGGUUUGAUGUCAAUGGUGUAUUGGAUAUUAAAAGAUUUGAAAAUGAUUUAACUGAAGGAUUGGGUGUUGUAGUUUCUGGAAAUAAUAAACCACACACACAAUAA